UUGUCACUUUAGCAACGCUGUAUGUAGAAUUUCUGUCGAUAUCUUGGGGAAAUGGUCAAGAUUUUUCUAUUGAAUUUUAUUUAGCUUUAUGUAAUUUGUGUCAAGCAAUUAUCAAUCGCUUCAUUGUUUGCAAAGUUAUGGCAAACAGAAAACAUCAACAAGUAAACGAAAGCUCUUCCAUGUUGUUUCUACAACAGGAACAUGCAAAAACAUUGGAAGGAUUAUAUAAAGAAAUUAGCAAACUUCAGAAAAAAUGCGGAGAAUUGACUUUUAAACUGGCAAUGAAUGCAACGUUGAUUAAUCCAAAUCAAGAGACGUAUCGAAAUGAAAGUUUGAAGAUGGAGAAGAAAUUGGAAAAUAAAUCGCAGGAAGUUAAUGAAUUAAAAAAACAGCUGGAUAACAAAUUGAAACAAAAUGAACUUUUGCAGACAAGUUUGAACAAGGUUAAAGAGAAUUAUGAAGAAUCAAUGCGAAUAAAAGACAAUAAAAUUGCCAGUCUUACUUCAGAACUUGAUGCAAAGGCAGGCAAUAUUGUUUAUCUCACAAAACAAUUACACAGCUUAAAUAGAUCAGAGUUUACAGAGAUAUCUGGUGACAAUCCAUCAAUUUCUCCAACCCCUCCAAAUGAAAGGGCUUUCAUCCCAAAUCGUAAACGGUACAUUCGCAAAAUGGUGUCAUCGAAGAGUUGUGUUGAUGCUGAGUCAUUAAGCAGAGUUAAUCCCACUGCACACAAAAUGCUUUUAAAUGUAAAGACUACAAAUGGUAAUGAAAACUUCACUACUCAAGCACGUAGAGUGACACAUCCUGCCAAGGGAUCAAAGCAAGAGCAGCUAUCCAACGAACCUAAAACUAUCCCUAGUGAUUAUUCAGAUUUCUUGACAGCAGGCAUAAAGCCAGAACCAAAACUUUUUUACAAGCCAGUCUCUGAUCCCUUGCCGCCAAUUGCAACUGAAAUUAAAGACAGCAAGAUGCAGAUGCCAUUUAAAGUUCCACAAACAUUGCGGACGCAAGCCACCAGCAUAGUUGAUGAAAUUAUUAUAUCCCCUCUUAAUUCUCCAGAAAAAAAUUGGCAGCAAGGGUCAAAUACAUAUGAUCCAGUUUCCUAAGGCACAUGUUUGUAGGCUAGAGAUUUGUUGUACUAAAGAUUGAUACUUACAUUGUGAUAUAUUGUUUAAAAUUUGUGUAAAGUUGUAUUGAAAAUGUGUGAUAUUGUACAUACUUGGCAGAAGAAUACAUAAAAAAAUAUGAAAUGUGCAUCAA